AUGGGAGACAAUCCUGAAAAUUCAGACAAAACCCUUCAUAAUAAAGAAGAUUCCGACAAAAACAACACAACCAAUCCCGACAAGCAAUCCUUACAUCCAGCCUAUUCCGUCACAAACAUCAACAACAAGAUCCGCACCCUUGAUGGAAAGAAGGUUACUUAUUCGUCAUGGGUCAAGCUAUUCAAACUACAUGUACGAGCUUAUAAAGUUCUCAACCACAUUGAUGGAACCGACCCACCCGACCAAUCAGAUCCGUCUUACAUGGCGUGGUCAGAACUCGAUGCCUUGAUUUUUCAAUGGAUCUAUAGUACUCUCUCCGAUGAUUUUCUUGCCCGGGUUCUUGAUAAUGAUAUCACUGCUCGUGAAGCUUGGCUGAAAAUACAGGGCAUCUUCAUCAACAACAAACAUGCUCGUGCAGCCACGCUCGAACAGAAAUUCAGCAAUACUACUCUCACUUCUGGCGCAUCCUUUGACGAGUAUUGCCAAAAUUUGAAAGAUAUAGCCAAUCAACUAGGUGACAUAGAUCAACCUGUUACCUAA